AUGGCGUUAAAUGUUAAAUACAAUUUUAUUUCUGACAAAAAAGGUAAACCAAAAUUGGAUGAUGACGACAGCAAUGAAAUAAUAUUAAAAAAAGAUGCUGGUAAAUUUAAGAACAAAAAAACUGAUGUAGACGAACAUUGCAAAAAAGGAAAAUGUGAUAAAUCUGAAACGGAAAAGAAAGGCAGCAAAUGGUCAAAACCUGAUAAUGCUGAUGAUGAUAAACUUAAGAAAAGUAAAUUUAUUGAUUUGAGAAAACCAAAAGAAAGUGAAAAUAGGGAAGAUCAUAAAAAAGAAAAAUAUAUAAAGAAGAACAAGAAAAAAGAUGACGAGGAUUCAGAUGAAGAUGACGACAAGCCCAAAAAUAGUAAAAUAAGUAAGAUAAAGUUUCAGGAAAAAUUGAGGAAAAACAAGAAAGUUGCAGACAAUGAUGAUGACGAUGAUGAUGAUGAUUCCAAAGAAGUGAAAAAGAAUAAAAGAAACCCGAAGCCAAAGCCAAAUAAAGAUGAUGAUGAUAAUUCUGAUAAAAAAAAUGAUAAAAAGAAAAACUUAAAUGUUGGUAAAAAGCAAUUAAAUAAUGAUUCAGAGAAAAAAGGAAAAAUUAUGGAUCUAAAGAAGAAAUUAAAUAAACCAAAUAAAGAUGAUGACAGCGAUGAUGAUGAUGACGAUGAUGAUGAUGAUGACGAUGAUGAUGACGAUGAUGAUGAUGAUGACGAUGAUGAUGACGAUGACGACAAUGAUGAUUCAAAAGAUGACGACGAUGAUGAUGACGAUGAUGACGACGAUGAUGACGAUGACGAUGAUGAUGAUGAUGACACCAAAGAAGUAUCACUCUCAAAAGGCAAAAAAGGCAAAAAAGACGACAGUCCAGAAGACGAUGACAAUGAUGACUCGAAUGACAAAAAGGUGGUUACGAAAAAAUCCAAGUACAUUUUGAAAUUCGCUCACGAAAAAGAAAAGGGCGAAGAUAUAAAUUUACAAUUCGAUGAUGAGGAUAAGAAAAAAUUCACGUGUCCAGCUCAAUUUGUCCCCGAGGCCGGCGGAAUGGGUUAUGAAUUUUUUAUGGCCAUGAGGAAAAACAAACAAAAAGUUGCACAGUAUUUGGUGGAUCUAGACGAAGAAGACACAUACGAAUCCCUCUUGCAAAGAUCAGUACGCGUGGCUCUUAAACUGAAAUCAAAAGGUUACGACAGAGAUAGAGAAGACAUAAUUUGUUUGUGCUCUCACAACCAGAAAAACAGCGCGGUACCUUUUCUAUCAGCCACAUUCUUAGGCAUCAAAGUGUGCUCUCUGGAUCCUACCCUGUCACAAUCGGACGUCACCCACUUGAUUGAUCAAGUUAAACCGUCGUUAUUCUUUGUGACGCAGAGAUCCAGCGACUUGAUCAAAAAUGCUUUGGAAGAGUUAGGUCUGAAAUCUGAGGUUGUGGUUUAUGAAGACGAAAGUUUUGAGGAGUUUCUGGAGGAGGGCGAGGAGGAAGAAACUUUUGAACCUGUGAUUGUUGAGGAUUUGUUUGAGACGGCUGUGAUUUUUUUCAGUAGCGGGACUACAGGGUUUCCCAAGGGGAUUUGCUUGAAUCAUUAUGGUUUACUAUCACAAUCCAUGGGUUUAGUCCUGGCUGGAAAUAUGACUUCAGUAACGCUUUCCUAUGCUUCAUUAUACUGGAUUUCAGUGGUAUUAAUAUUUACUGCAACAGUAAAAUGUGGUUUUGCAAGGGUAAUCUGUUCCACAUACACACCAAACGAUUUCUACAAGUUGGUGGAUAAAUAUAAGGUUGUAGAAUUGGAAACUGACACUCUUUGUGGACCUUUUCAACGAGGCGAGCUCUGCGUCAAAUCUAAUAAUAUAAUGAAUGGAUAUCACAACGCAGACUCGUCAGAAACCUUCGAUUCGGACGGUUGGCUUAAAACAGGCGACAUCGUUUAUUACGACGACGAGUUCUUCUUUUACGUGGUGGACCGUAUAAAGGAAAUGCUGAAGUUCAGAUCCUGGCACGUCGCGCCUGCGGUAUUGGAGCGAGUCAUCCUGCAACAUCCUGCGGUGAAUAAAGCUGUGGUGAUCGGGAUUCCGGACGAGGAGGAUGGCGACCACCCCAUGGCGUUGGUAUUGUUGAACGAAGAUGUUGAUGGUGUUACGGAGGACGAGCUCAGGAGUUACGUGGAUGAAAGAGUGGACGAUAAGCAGAAGCUACGUGGCGGACUUAAAAUUAUCCAUGAUAUACCUUUAACGCCCAGUGGGAAAGUUAAAAGGAAGUAUUUGCAGAAGUUGGUUUUGGAGGGGAAGAUUUAA